AUGGAGAUCGUGCGGUCCCACCGGCAGCUCGCUGCUGCAGCCGCAGCCGGCGGCGGCGGUGCGGGGGCCCUGCCGACCUACCGGGCGGCGCCGCAGCUGGAGGUGCGGCUGGAGGCCUUCGAGCUCUUUGCCAUCGACCGUCUCCGUGUUCUCAAGGGGAUCUCGGAUGGGCUCUCGCGGGGGAAGAGGCCGGAGGAGAUGGAGAAGCUGGUCAGUGAGUUGUGGAAGACACACAUGAGGCAUCAGGAUCCAGCAGAGACUUUGAACAAGGAUAUAAUAUCGCACUUUGUACUCCGUCUUGUCUAUUGCAGAACGGAAGAAUUACGAAAGUGGUUUCUCUCCAUGGAGACUACACUUUUUCGUUAUCGCUUUCGGCUUGAGAGUCCUGAAUCACAGAGGAUGCUUAUGACUGAGUUUCAACUGCCUUACAAAGCAUUGCCACACUCAGAAUUUGAGGUUGUGAAAGACAAGUUGAGCCAAGUUGCACGUUCCAUUGGUCAAUCUGCAAAUGUUGAGUCCGUGUUCUUCAAGGUACCUUUUGAAGAAGUUCCUGAUCUUGUUGCCAGCCGCCGGGUAUUUAUUUCAAAAGGCUAUGCUUAUGUGGCGAUGAGCCAGGUGGUUUCAUUAGUGGUUACUCAAUUCCGGUGCAAUAUCUCAAAGGCACUUGUUUUAACAAACAGAAAAUGGAUGGCAACUAUAAAGGAACAAGAAAAGGACAGGUUGACUCCUAUUGUCGAAGCAUUAAGCAAUGCGUAUUUUGGACCUGAUUACUCUCAGCCAAAGGAUGCUGUUGAAAUAUCUCUAAAGGAUAUUGACCAACUGGCUAAAAGUUCUUUCCCUCUUUGUAUGCGGCAUAUGCUAGAUAAGUUGAGAGAAAACCAUCAUCUGAAGCAUGGGGCUAGAAUGCAGUUUGGACUUUUCCUUAAGGGUGCUGGACUAAAGUUGGAGGAUGCCCUGGCGUUUUGGAGAGCGGAAUUUUCUCAGAAGGUUGGCUCCGAGCGGUUUGACAAGGAAUAUGCCUAUAGCAUCAGACAUAAUUACGGAAAAGAAGGAAAACGGACAGAUUACACUCCAUAUUCAUGUCAAAAGAUCAUUUCUGCAACACCUGGUGUUGGAGAUCAUCAUGGAUGCCCUUAUCGACAUUUUGGUGAUGAAAAUUUGCGGGCAGCACUCAACAAAAUGGGCGUCAGUGGGCAUGCAUUGGAAGGGAUAAUGGAUAAAGUGAAGAACAGGCAUUACCAGCUAGCUUGCACAUUGACCUUUGAGGCAACACAUGGUGUCUCCUGUGAUUCUGGAAUCAACCAUCCAAAUCAGUAUUUCAGCGAAAGUCAGAAAGUAUUGCGUGCCAAGAACCAAACAGUGGAGGGCCAAUCAGCAACCUAAAUUGUAUUGCAGAUGCAGAAAGCAUCCAUCUGCAAAAGGUUACCAGAUCAGGUCAGUGCUGAACCAAAGAUUCACGCUUGAUGCAAUUAUGUGAUGGUACCAGUUGAUCUUUGAUGCUUAGCUGGAAUCCUGUUGGUACCUGGUGUUUGCAAACUCCAGCUAGUGGCUGUCAUACUGGACAAGCGAUGGCGCCACAUUGUAUACUAGAAGGGUUACCUAGUGCUGCGAACAACAGCAGGUUAAGGUGCGCGUGUAUGUUUAUUCCUGUAAAUUUCGAGCGAAUCAAGAAACAUAUUGAAUUAAGGUAGCACUGGUUUUUGCUGUGAUGUUA